AUGGGCGACCUGGAGGAAAUAAAUUAUGCAGCAACUAGUGGACUUGAGGGGCAUGACCGCAUUCGUGGACGCGAAGAGCUGAAGGGUGGGCGGGGGGGUGGGGGGUUUGGGGAGGUUGGCUCCUCACCCCUAUCAGCGCCGUCAACACACCCAGUUGGACCGGUGUCGCCUCGCCUCCGUCUGUUCACACCUGCUCACUUUGAGCCCACAGGACUCGUCUUACGCCAACUUUAA